AUGGAUUUCCGAAGGUUGGAGCUCUCUCUGGUUGCCGCAUCCGCCGCGUCGUCAAUGUGGACGAAUUUAUUGGGUCAGGCUGACGCUAGUGACCAGCAGCAGUCAGACACCCUUUGGCUGACAAAGGCUCGCGUUUCAACCCCUGGGCGAGACCUGCCUAUUCCGCGACUUUCCGCAGCCUUGGACACACAGCUGGAAGAGGAUGGCCCAAUUCAAGUCGCUGAGCAGGCGCAUUUCCGGAGCGAGUUGACCGUUGUCUACGACUGCUGGCAGCCAGGGGAGGCACGUGUAGAGCUCUACCUGACAUUGGCGGCUGACCUGGAAGGCAACCGGAGUCAAGAGAUAUGUAUGACCUGGACCAAGAUCUGCCGCUUAGGCUUUGAAGGGCUCGUCAUUCGCCACGGGGAGUACAGCGAGUGGCUCAUUUAUCCAGCCCCAAACAACAGCCAGACAGUGACACCACCGCUUCUCGACACAGAUGGAACUGCCGAGGAUGUCACCAAGCUGCAGCUUUCCUCCCCAGAAGGAACCAUGCGAUUGCAGCUGCCCACGGUCAGCAGCUCUGAUGACAAGCUCUUGAAAGUAGACAUUCGGGGCGUCGCCGUGACAAUGAAUCAAGGCGAGCAGUUCCUGGAAGUAAGCAGCGAGCCUACUGAAAUUUCGGUCAUCUACACUUGCCAGGGAGCUGGCGUGGCAGAUGUGGAGUUGGGAUUAUGGCAUGCCGUGAUCACAUCAGCUCAUGCUGCAGAAGGUUUUCAUCUGCACUGGCGUAAGCAGUGUGGUGAGGCUGUCUAUAAGUUCAUGGACAUCUUUCUUAAAAGCGACCUGAACAUGACCAAAGUACAGGCUGUCUCACAUGGGCGCGCGCUGCCAGGUUUCGAGCCUCGCUGCCGAAACCAGAGCAAGAGCAGCCACCCUGCCGUGGAUGGGGUCAGCCCCAAGGUGCCAUCUCCCGCAUGCGGCCAUCAGCAAUCCGCGCUUGAGGUCUCCGCAAAAGAAAGUAAAACCUCCAUCGAGUUGCGCGUGGAUCCAGAGGGCUUGGUCCUGCCUCCAGCAUUACAACACCAGCCAGACAUGUCGUUUGACCAGCGGAUCGUGAAAGCUUUUGUGGGAAGGAUGCCGGAGGCCUUCUCGCGCACUGGCCGGGGUAAGGUUCCGUGCACGAAUUGCGGCGCUGACUCCUCGCUCCGUGGUGCCACGCCAAAGGCAGCAUCGCAGAGCAUGGUCGUAAAAUAUAUUUGCCAUAAGCAGGGUGUCAGCCCCAUCAUGGUGACUGUCUACCUGGAGGGGUACAAGCCUAUCGACUUCUCCUGGCAGAAGCGCUGUCAGGAGCCAAAGAAGCCACGAGUUGGGAAGGCACUGACAGCACCCCAGGCCAUGACCAUGGCCUUCUUGGUCUGUGGAGUCAUUGGCCUCAUCGUGUGCAUGGUUUGCCUCUUCUGCAGCACAGACUCCAAGGAGAAGGACAAGCUUUUCCUCGGCAAAGGACCCAGCAGGAGAAGCCGGAACAUUGAGUUCAGUCGCUUGGGUCCCGAUUCAGAAAGAGUUGGCGCUGGCUCAGACGAUGAGGUGGUCUUCCACUGA